UCUCCGUUAAAGGCUGGACCGAAAAUCCCAAAAGGCCUCUCCGUUCAUUUCUUCAGAGUCUGAAAAUUUUCAAUUUCAAUUUCAAUUUCUUCGUCUCCGAAACGAUGCCGUUUUGCGAAGUCGCGUCGCCGCAGAAUAAUGCCGCCGCAGUAGACGCCAAGCUCAACGACGCCGGAACCAAAAUUUACUACCGGACUUACGGCCGCGGGCCCACCAAGGUCCUCCUGAUCAUCGGAUUGGCGGGAACUCACGAUUCGUGGGGGCCACAGAUACAGGGGCUGACGGGGACGGUUACGGCGAACGACGAUGAUAGGGCGGCGGAGGAGUGUGGCGACAGUGAGGCUGGUUUUAGCGGCGGAGGGAUCGAGGUGUGCGCGUUUGAUAAUCGGGGCAUGGGUCGGAGCUCCGUGCCGGCGAAAAAGUCAGAAUAUACAACAAGAACAAUGGCGAAGGAUGCAAUUGCUUUGAUGGAUCAUUUGGGGUGGAAACAAGCUCAUGUUUUCGGGCAUUCAAUGGGAGCUAUGAUAGCUUGCAAGUUAGCAGCGAUGGUGCCCGACAGAAUUUUGUCAUUGGCUCUGCUCAAUGUGACCGGAGGAGGGUUCGAGUGUUUACCGAGGCUCGACCGCCAAACGUUAUCUAUUGCCAUCCGUUUUUUGAAGGCAAAGACGCCUGAGCAAAGAGCAGCUGUUGACUUGGACACGCACUAUUCAAAGGGGUAUCUUGAGGAAUACGUUGGAUCCAACACAAGAAGGGCAAUUUUAUACCAAGAAUAUGUAAAAGGUAUAUCAGCAACUGGGAUGCAGUCUAACCAUGGUUUUGAAGGUCAACUGAAUGCGUGCUGGACACAUAAAAUGACACCAACUGAAAUUGAAAAGAUCCGCUCUGCUGGAUUUCUUGUUUCAGUCAUUCAUGGCAGGCAUGAUGUCAUUGCUCAAAUAUAUUAUGCAAAGAGACUGGCGCAGAAGCUGCAGCCUGUUGCUAGAAUGGUUGAUCUUCCUGGAGGGCAUCUCGUGAGUCAUGAGAGGACUGAAGAGGUCAAUAAUGCUCUUAAUGAGUUGAUCAAAGCUUCAGAAGCUAAGACAGAGCCACAUGAUUGGACAAAUUUGCCUGAGAAAAGUUCCGGGUGGGUGGUUACAAGGAUGUUGUUUGUCAAAAAAAGUAAUGGUGAGGUUAAUAGUGCAUCUUUGGCAUCCAGUAUGUUACAAAAGCUACAUAUUUUCCUCUUGUACUUCUUUGGUCUCUUUGCCUUGGCAUUCGAGAAGGGGAUGAUGACUUUCAGAAGAUUAAAACCAGCUAGAGUUGCAAACUCCAUCACAUAAGCUGUUGGUCAAUCGAGCUCCAAGUGUUAAACUGGGGCUCAUCGGUUUUUCAUUCUAUCGGCCUUGCUAAACGUAUUUAAGCGGUUUUUUCACCAUCGAGUACAUGCUGUGUAAAAUUCGGAGUUCCAGAUUCAUAUACCAGAGUUCAUUAACAUAAUGCCUCAUUUAUACACAAUAAAGGCAUGUUGCAGUAGGCGGAAGAAUUGGAGAGAGACCACAACAGCCAAUAUUAAGGCAGUUCCCAAUUCUCGUUCACCCGCAACAAAUAUUUUCAGAUUCAUACCUUUACAGUUCCUCCAGAAGAAUGAGAGGGAAAAGGAAUAGGGUGUUUCUACUUGAAUCUAUCUUUUUGUUCCUCUGUAAUUUACGAUCUACUCACAGUUGCCAAUCCAUAUACUCUUGGCAACAGAACAACAUUGUAAUUGAAGAUUCUGAGUGCAGUUUUAAAUUAAACAGAA